AUGGAUUACUCGGAGACACCCGAGAACGAUGACUUCCGUGGCCGUGAGUUUGAUUGUUUCCUUGAGAAGAAAAGACCGCGGAGAGGUGACAGCCAGCAGCACGCCCAGCGCUUCGUCCUCUUGCUGUGUUACAAGCUGAAGACCAAACAUUACCUGGUGUUCCCUUGUGAGGACGGAGGCAGGAAGUACUUCACCAUGGACGACGGCGUGACUCUCUUCAUCAACCUCCUGCAGCUGGUGGAGUUCCACCAAACCAACAAGGGCAUCCUCCCUGUCUGCCUCAAACACCCCUGCGUCUGUGUAGCACUCCGACACGCUUGUGAAACUUCUGGGCUUUAUGGAGCCGGUUUAGCCGGUUAUGUGGGAUUUCAACAGAACUGGAAAAUCAAGGGAGAACUUGCCCAGGCCUCGGUGUUUGUGUUCCUUAAGGGGACAACAGCUCCGACCGGUUUUCUGGGGUGGAGAGAUGAGAGCGGGCAGGGUGUGGGGCGUUCUCCCUCACCUCAUUCUCCUCUCUUUCUCUUCAUUAUCGGGCUCUCUUUCUCUGUCUCUGUACAACUCGGUCCAUCUCUGAGGUCUCCACAGCUGCAUGAGUCAGACUCAAGGUCUAAGGAGAUCACCGUUGCAAUGGAGUGCUUCAACAGCCUACUCCUCAAACUGCGGGAGGUCCACGAGCGAGAAGUGGAGGGCUGGCAGGGGAAAAUCCAAGAGCUGUCCAACAAGAAGGGCUGUGAUACAAAGCGAAUGGAGGAACUGUUCACCAAAAACCAGCAGAUGAAAGAACAGCAGAGGUUACUCACCGAGAACAUCAAGACACUGGAAAACAGGCUGAGGGCGGGGCUGUGUGACCGAUGCACAGUAACUCAGGAGGUAGCCAAGAGAAGACAGCAGGAGUUUGAAUCCUCACAGAUACAGAGCCUCCAGCACAUCUCUCUAAUGGCGGGAGAGAUGAACAACCUGAAAAAGGACAACAAGAGACUUCGAGAUGAGCUCAGGAAUUUCAGAGCAGCACUUGACAGAGGUCACAGUGACCACUCCUCCAAUAGCGGCAGCAGCACCACCACCACAGAGGCCAAACCAAACAGCUCCCCUGACCUUUCACCCCCUUCUGGACCGAUGGCCCUCGUCUCUACGGCAACCAUCAGGGCCUGUAACCAGCCAGCAGAUGGCAAUAUUGCAGUGAAAACUGAGGCAGACCAAAGAACUGAAGAAAGUGAUCACAGACAGCUGAGAGGGAUGAACAGAGGUCACUUUGAGUCAUACAAGCCUCUUUCCUGGAGGACAGAACAUAGUGUAACUCGUGUUGGCGAGAGGAGAUCUCAGAGUGUUGAAGGACUGGACCAGCGACCCUGCAUCCUUCCUCAAGGUCUCCUUCUUAAGAACUCUUCUUCCUCAACCGGCGGAGAAGUGCACCCCAGCAGACACGUGCUCCAUGCUCCCGUCCCCUGCCGUCCUCAACCAAUGAAGAGCGGCCCUGCUACUCUCCCCUGGCCCUUAGCUGAAUCCUCUGACUGGGUUGCUGCGGCUGCUGCUGCAGGGUCAAGCCUGACGGUGCAACCUUCACCCAAAUCAAACCCGCCACGCUUUCCCAACCUGAUCCCGACGAGCCAACACGCCAGCCCUAGGAGGCAGGCUUUUGGGUCUCCCUGGGUCAAGCAGAGCGGGCCCCUUGCCAAAGAGCCAACCGUGGUGUUUAGGUUGAGAAGUCUGGCAGAGUGCGUGGAGAGUCAAAUUAAGCAACAUCAGGAGAAAAAGGAAAUCCUGCCACCCAAUACUGAGAGGGUCUCUGGGGAAGGGCUUAGAGAGGCGUACGAGAUGCCUCUGGACCUAUCGGAUCGAGGAAAGCCCAAAUCCAGCCAAACGCCAAGAGAUGACUUGCCCUUAGCCUUUCAAGGUGGAGAGAGAGUACAGACAAGCCCUGAUAAAGAUGUGAAGGCGAAUCCGUCUGCACACAGACCAGUAUCGUCACCUUCUCCCGUUGGCCCUCCCUCGUGCUCCUGGACCUCUACCCCACCAGUCAAACAAGAGGAAGAGUCUACCAGUGACCACAAGGUAAUCAAAGAUCAAGAGCAGAAAGAGGAGGUGAAUGGAAAUACAGACCAAAGCAACGGGAAGAAGGUGCCCGUCCUCACUAUAUCACUACGUCCAGUGGUGGUGCUGGAGACUCUGAAUUCUGCUCUGCAAGAAUCCUUAUCAUCAAAUGGCAAGUCAUCGUCAUCAGCAGCUGAGCCAGGAAGCAGCUCCGAUCACGACGAGGAGGGGAGCGUGUCAGGACAAGAGAGCAACCCGGGCUGCAAGAGGAAGAGGGCAUCUGUGGAGACUGAAACACACAGGAACUCAGAAACAGACCACGUCCAGCAAGAGAGGAAGAUCAAGAUCACAGUGAGAACCGAGGAGAAGAGCCCUUGCUAAAGACCAUGACUUAGUGAUCUCACUUCAACCUGCAUCAACUGAUUGUUUUGGCCGGUUGUAAACACAUCACUUAAAUGUACCUUAUAAAGUUGAUAGGGCUAACAAUCAAUACGACUGCCCUAACUGGCCUCAAGACAAGUCUUUUAUAUAAGAUGUGAAUAAAAGCUACAACCCCAGGGUUUUAGAAAACUUUUCAAAAAUAGCCCUAAACCUGCAUUAACUUUGUUUUGUCCACUUGGAGGCAGCAGAAACAAGUUGUAAGCAGAACAAUGAGUUGAAAGAGGCUAAAAAACUCUCUACAGAGCUCGGGGAACUACAGAGUUUAUUAUUAUGAGCAACUCAUUUCAUAUUGCAUGUAUAGUCAUUUGAUCUAUUACUAUGUAAUAUAACCUCUACAACUUCUCACUGAGUGCUUUUACAUGGACUCUAGUAUUCUAUUUAGUUUCAAGAUAUUCAAAUGGUCAUUUUAUGAGCUGGAAAAUGUGACGUAUUACUCCAUAUAGUGUUCGCACUAACUGGUAUAUGUCCAUGUCCCGCCAACAUAAAUCUGAAUAGGCUAACUGGAAUAUUCCAAUAUUGACCCAUGGUUUAUGUCAACAUCAUAUUCUAUUGAUUAUGUUGAUUGGUAAACAACACAAAUUCCAUUUCCAUGAAGUCAUUAAAUCCAAAAUAACAAUAAUAAAAUUAGUAUUUGGAGAAAAAUAUCUGACAUUAGACUGUCUUCAUUUGAAUAAAACAUUUAACGGUACAUAUUAAUGUGCAUAAAUAGCAUUCUGUUUAGCAGCUUAUACAGUACAUGUAUUUAUUCGGUGGAGAACUGAGACGCAGUCCGGCUGAGAAAGUCACACAUUUUGCAACACGUACCAGCCCAUUUUCGCAACAGACAACUGAAGACGAGUGCAAUAAUUGAAAAGUUUCUUGUAGAAACGUAAGGAAGAAAUGGACAGGUUUAAAUUGUAUUGUGACCUCUGUUCAGUUUCGUCUGCUGUUGAUCAUCACAAAUACUGCCAAUGCAGUAGCACCAUAACUAGUGUCAUCCCUCGGCAGUAAACAGCACUAUCAUUGCUGUCCCCUCUCUCUGAAACGCUGAAAAAUGUCAAGAUCAAUAACCAAGUUUUGACCUUUGAUCUUACAUUUCUAAUUAAAAUGCACUGUGUUGUCAAAAAUAACUAUCCCAUAAAUUUAACCAUUUGCAAAAUGUUCUUGUCUUACAGCCAGACAAAGCAAACCAAACUGUGUUUGAGUGUCACCUGCUAAUGCCUAAUACUUUAGUCCUCCUCUCCAAUACUCACCACACACUACCGCAUUUAUAAUUAUGUUACUUUCCUGGCAUCGCUGUCGCUGCCUUGCUAUUUUUGCCACAGAGCUUCCCCUCCUCCCGCCCUGUCUUCAGUGACCAACAAAGAAAAAAAAGAAGACAAAAACUUGUUCCUCUUCCUCUUUUUCGUUUUCAGAAUGCACAUAUUUUGCAAGUAUUAACUUUCCGUUCACAGCUGUGACAGCUUGUGGUAAGCCGGAUGGAUGGAAGCGAUAAAAAGCACAGUGACAGAGUCAGUUCAAUAACCUAUACUUUGUGAUACAGCGCUGUAAAGUCAAUGCGUCCUUUUUGUGUAAAUAUAGAAAAAUAUUUUUAAUGGAGAUGCCCUAAUCAAUAGGCAGAAUCAGCCAAUAUUUACUAAUAAUACAAAUGAGAUUAUUUGAACCCUCUUUUCUCUUUUCAAAAGUGUGCACUUUUUAGUAUCCUGUGUGUGAAAACCUGUACAGCCCUAAUGCUGUUCCAUUGAUUUCUAUUGCUUCUAUCAUGUCUCUCUAAUGCCAUUAGAGUCCAUUAAGUCCAAUACUUGGUCAAUGGUCAGUGGACAAAGUAGCCUUCCCCUUGCCAUCCGUAUCUCUCUGUUAAUUCAAAUGCGAUUGACUGUGCUACUGUAAGUAUACUUUGACUUUUACAGUAUGCUAAUCUAUCAAGCUAAAUGCUGUGUUGUUGUGUGGUCUUAACAGAUAUGUAGGUGUUUUAUUUUUAGAAUGACACAAUGUACAAACUGUUGUCUGAAUGCACUUCUAAUGCUGAAAUAAAUUUCCAUUUUUGCAUCUUGCUUCUGUAGCUCCCACUGUAAAUGAUUCAGCUCUUAUAUUUCGUACUAUAACAAGUUUACCACACGUCUCUUGUACACUAAUGUAAGUUGAAUAACCUUCAGUGAAUAAUGACAAGUGUUCUGGGAAAUAGAAGUAACAUCAUGUCGGACAUUUUGUUCAGGACGUUAAGCAAAACCGUUGUGGUUUGAUGAUCAGGAAUGUGGUGACCAGUGGAAACCACCACGGGUAGUGUGAUGUGAUACAACUUAACUGUUACAGGAAAUCAGCUCAGUGGUCAGCAUCCUGUAAAACCAUUAUAAUCUAUUCACAGAUUAAAUUUACAUUACGAAAGACUUUUACGUAAAGCUACAAUCUAACAAUGAAUGUUUUGCAAUACGGCAGAGCAUUUCCUCAACUCUAUUCGAGAUGUCGUAAGUUGGUUCUGUUUGUUCAGAUGAAAUUUUGUUGUAUCGACACGUCUCUGCCCCGCAGGAAGUGACAGAUGGAAAUUAAAACUGCCUCAGUGUAAACUGAUGUUUGCUGAUUUUUAUCUGUGUGGACUAAAAUUAAAGAUAUUUUUU